CCCCCCCCCCCCCCCCCCCCCCCCCCCCCCCCCCCCCCCCCCCCCCCCCCCCCCCCCCCCCCCCCCCCCCGGGGGGGGUUUAGGAUGAAAUCUUUUCUUUGAGAGCCGAAAGUCACUUUGACGUGUGCAUAACAUUGUCAGUACCGUUUUUUGAGCAAAGAAAUGCCUCCUCUUUUUUACCCAACGCUCCUCUUAAAAAAUUUUUAACUCUUUUUUCCGAAAGGACCGUUAUGGAGCUAGUAGGCUAUUAGCACUGCAAUGUCCCAAAUGAGAGCACUUACCAGCGCACGUUUUCAGAAGAUUAAUUAUGUCUCUGUUUCUAUCUAAUCAGACGCGAACGCACUCUGAUGUGAAUUUUUCCAUGUUUUUGGACGUGCCCUUUCUCACAGCACUCAAAAACACUCUCUUAGACAACGCAGUGAGUUUCUUGUGGCAGAUUUCCUUAAAAAACGAGUUGGAAUCAGGAAGCAUUUUCCUCUCACACACUAUGAGUGCCAAAAGAAGACUUGUACGCCAGUUUGGUUGGUUAGAGAAAAUAGAGAAAACAUUUUUCUGCACCUUUGCAAAGGAAAAUUGCACGUUACACUUUGUCCUAACUGUAAAAAAUUUACAAUGCACCCCAGUAGCAGGAUGUAGAAAACCGAAUAUGAAAUAAAAGGGAAAAGGUCUGGAUCACAAAAGCUUGAAAUGAAAAACUUAUCAGUUGAGAAACAACUGAUAGACCGAGCUACAAAAUGAUAUAUUCAGUCUUUCUCUAUGCGAUGAAAGUACGGCGAAAAAAUAAAAACAAAAUGAAAUAUUGGUUGGAAAGUGCUCCCAUUUGGGACAUAGCAGCGUUGACAGCCCAUAAAUUCACGGUUAUUUGUAGUGUAUGCCCUUCUCUUCGGGUUUUGUCGAGAAUUAAAUGGAAAAUCUUUUCGGAAGUCUCUACACUAAAAACUCACCGAGAUAUUGACAAAAUACAGACGGUAUCAUUAUUUAUCCCGCACCCGUUAUAAAAAACAUACAAACUAUAUUUGUCUAUCUUCUAGUUAUUAUAAUUAUAUUAUUCAAGCUUAUCGUACUGAACGAUGGUGGCUUAUAUUACAAGCAAUAUUGCCGUCAGCGUUAAGAUGUGCUUAUUUAACCGUGAGCAUCGAAGAUUACAUUAAACUUAGUUUAGAAUCAUUAAAUCCAAAUAUCAAUUUACCCAGUGAUACUAAAACCACAAUACAGAAUAAUUUUGAAAAUUUAAUUUUAAACAAUACUGCUCCAAAGAUCGAUCAAUCAUCUAGUAAUUUAUCGACGACAGAUAUCGAACAAAAAUGGUCAAAUUUAGCAUUAGAUUCAAAUUUAAAUCGUAUAAUUGUAGAUGCUGAUACUCUAAAAAAACUUUUGGAAUGCAAAGUUUAUUUUACAUAUGAUACAAUUGCGAUUGAUUGUGAAAUAUCAUUAGAUAUAUCAAUCAAAAGUGACUUCAUUUUACCAAUUCAAUUCAGUCAUCUCAGUGUUGCAUUUAAUGUUCCCGAAUAUGAUAAUGUUGUUUCAACUACGGAUAAAAAAGAACAAUUAUAUUUCUCGCCAAUGGAAUAUAAAACAUUGUCAUUUAAAUUUUCACCACAAAAUGAACAUGUUCAUCGUGUUUUAGAAGUUGUGUCAAUAUCUUUGAUAUAUGGCGAUGAAACGAAACGUCAUAUUGAUUUUCACUGGAAAGGAAAUCAACAACAACAGCUAGGAUUAAUAAAUAUUCCAUUGACGCCGAAAUGGCAACUUCAUACUGGUCAUACAUUAUGGGAAAAUAUUCCGAUUAGACGAAAAACAAAUUUUAUCACACGUACAGCAGCUGUUACAUUAACUGCUGAUCAUAAAUUACCAGUAUUAUUAUAUGAAUAUUAUCCGAUUAAAAUUCACAUUCUAAAUUGUGAAAAUGGUGAUAUUGAAACAGCAAAAUUAACUUGCUCUUGUGCAAAUACAGAUGAAACAAAUCCAACACAAGAUGACACUUUUCUGUCCUAUACAACAGACAGUUCCAUUGAAAUAACACGAACAUGUACAAUAAAAACAAAGCCAAUCCCGAAAGAUGGUCAAAUUGAACAAGAUUUGUAUGUUCGAUGCCAUAAUAAUCAUGAACGUGAUAUCUCUAUUAGAUUAUAUUAUGAACGAUUAAAUUUUCAUUGUAUGAAAGAGCUUGUAGUGCAUUUAAAUGUUGUCGAUCCAUUUUCUAUCCAAUUUCAAACAAUGGGAAUGAUGAUGGAACCAUUGUUAUCAUUACGUGCACAAGAACCGUUUAUAUUAAUGAUUGAUACAAAAUGUACAUCAUCUAUUGAUAUAACCAUUACUAAUAGUCUAUUAAAACCUAGUCAAUCUAUUAAUAGUGAAAGUGCAAUUGAAUCACAAAUCAAAAAUACUCAGUUAAAACUUGAUGAAGUUGUUACGGAAGGAUUUUGUUUACGUACACAACCAAUUCAAGCACCCAUUGUCUCAAAUCUUGUUGUUGGUGAAUAUAGUCUUUAUUGGAAACGUUCAAGUCAUCCAAAUAUUCCUGAAUUAUGUACAACUUUUUCAUUAGCUGAUUUUAAUGUUGAACAACAACCAAUUUAUAUUGAAGCCAAUUUACCAAAUCUUGUUGCAAUACAAAAACCAUUUCAAGCCAGUUAUAGAAUACAUAAUCAUACAUCAAGUGUACAUGAAUAUAAAGUCCAUUUAGAGCAAAUAAAUCUUGUUAUGGCCAUUUCUGGUGCUACAGUAACGUCUGUUCUUGUCCCACCUCAUAGUUCAAGUGAUGUCAGUUAUACAUUGGUUCCAACAUUGUGUGGUUUUGUUCAAUUGCCACGUUUAAAAUUAUCCAUGAUACGUCCACAACAAAAUGAUAUUGAUGAAUCAAUCGAAAAAACAUUACCAACACAUAUAUUUGUUGUACCAAUGGCAAAAUCAAUUGAAAUUCCAUUGACUACUUAA